GAAGCCAGAUUGUUUUAUCCAUCCAUCUAUGUGUCCUAGCGACCGCAGGACUGGUAGUAGGUGGUGUGCUGGCAGGGUGGUACUGGCAUUUGAGUCAGAUUUAUGAAGGGGCAGCCCCCGGUCUCUCCGAGGAGAGGGGCGGGUCACCGAGGGUUGUUAGCCAAGAUGGCGGUGGCGGCUGCCGCGGCGAGUGUGUGGGGGUCAAGUCGAGGCUUGGGUCAGGCUGGCCUCUUGCUCCUGCGGCGGACUGGGGUUCGGGGGCUGGCUAGAUCUCAACCUGAGAGACAGCAGCAGCAGCAGCAGCACUUCUCGUCCCUGGAUGACAAGCCCCAGUUCCCAGGGGCCUCGGCGGAGUUUAUAGAUAAGCUAGAGUUCAUCCAGCCUAAUGUCAUCUCUGGGAUCCCCAUCUACCGCGUCAUGGACCGGCAGGGCCAGAUCAUCAACCCCACCGAGGACCCCCACCUGCCCCAGGAGAAGGUGCUCAAGUUCUACAAGAGCAUGACGCUGCUUAACACCAUGGACCGCAUCCUCUACGAGUCCCAGCGGCAGGGCCGGAUCUCCUUCUACAUGACCAACUACGGCGAGGAGGGCACACAUGUGGGGAGCGCAGCAGCCCUGGACAACACGGACCUGGUGUUUGGCCAGUACCGGGAGGCAGGUGUGCUGAUGUAUCGGGACUACCCCCUGGAACUGUUCAUGGCCCAGUGCUAUGGCAAUGUAAGCGACCUGGGCAAGGGGCGCCAGAUGCCCGUCCACUAUGGCUGCAAGGAGCGCCACUUUGUCACCAUCUCCUCUCCACUGGCCACGCAGAUCCCUCAGGCGGUGGGGGCAGCCUACGCGGCCAAGCGGGCCAACGCCAACAGGGUUGUCAUCUGUUAUUUCGGGGAGGGGGCGGCCAGCGAGGGGGACGCCCACGCCGGUUUCAACUUCGCCGCCACCCUUGAGUGCCCCAUCAUCUUCUUCUGCCGGAACAAUGGCUAUGCCAUCUCCACGCCCACCUCCGAGCAGUACCGCGGGGAUGGCAUCGCGGCUCGAGGCCCUGGGUACGGCAUCAUGUCAAUCCGUGUGGACGGCAAUGAUGUGUUUGCUGUAUACAAUGCCACCAGGGAGGCCCGGCGGCGCGCCGUGGCAGAGAACCAGCCCUUCCUCAUCGAGGCCAUGACCUACAGGAUUGGGCACCACAGCACCAGUGAUGAUAGCUCCGCAUACCGCUCGGUGGAUGAGGUCAGUUACUGGGACAAGCAGGACCACCCCAUCUCCCGGCUGAGGCACUACCUGCAGAGCUGUGGCUGGUGGGAUGAUGAGCAGGAGAAGGCCUGGAGGAAGCAGUCCCGCAAGAAGGUGAUGGAGGCCUUUGAGCAGGCCGAGAGGAAGCUGAAGCCCAACCCCAGCCUGCUCUUCUCAGACGUGUAUCAGGAGAUGCCCGCCCAGCUCCGCAAGCAGCAGGAGUCUCUGGCCCGUCACCUCCAGACCUACGGCGAGCACUACCCUCUGGACCACUUCGAGAAGUGAGGCCUGCUCACCCACCCCCACCCACCUCAACUACGCUGAGAGGCAGCCCCACGCUGAGGGGUGGAGGGAGCUGCACGAUGCUCCCCCGUUCCCCAGCCAGCUCCCUCCAAAAUACUCAGGGGCCAGGGCAGUGCCCAAGACGGUAACAGGGGGUGGCUCCCCUCACCGGCCCUGCUCCUCCAGGCUGUUACAUUGGGGAGGGGCCUCUGUCAGCCCCCUCUUCACCUGUUGUUACAGUGCCUUCUCCCCCGGAGCUGGGCGAGGGCGCCUCCAGGACUGGAAGCCCCUCUGGGCUGGGGCUGGGUGUGGCAGGUCAGCCUGUGGAACUUUCUCAGAGUGAGAGGCGGUCAGCAGCUAGUGAAUAAACUGUGUCUCUGCAUUUGG